AUGUCUGACUUCAGCUUCUCCGACGACCAGGAGCUGGUUGCGCUCAACGCGCAGGUGCACGCGGACCCCGAAGAGUUCGAAGCAUGGGAUAAGCUGGUGCGUGCGGCCGAAGCACAAGAAGGUGGACUGCACCGCAACUCGAGUCCGGGCGCGAUCGCAUCCACCCGCGAUGUCUACGACAAGCUUCUCUCGCGCUUCCCGCUGUUCUUCGGCUACUGGAAGAAAUAUGCGGACCUUGAGUUCGUGAUUGGAGGCACCGAGGCGGCAGAGAUGGUCUACGAGCGUGGUGUCGCUAGCAUCGGCACUUCGGUCGACCUCUGGGCCAACUACUGCGGCUUCAAGGUCGACACGAACCACGACACCGAUGUGAUCAGAGAGCUCUUUGAGCGCGCUGCGGACAGCGUAGGCCUCGACUUCCUCUCUCAUCCGUUCUGGGACAAGUACCUCGACUUCGAGGAGCGCUUCGAGUCGCAAGAGCGCAUCGUUGCCAUUCUCUACCGCCUUAUCCACAUCCCGGUGCACCAAUACGCGCGCUACUUCGAACGGUUCAGAACCAUGGCCGCCAAUCGCCCAGUCACAGAACUUGCGCCACCGGACGUGCUGCUUCGGUUCCAAGAGGAGAUCCAGCAAAGCGGAGCGACGGGCAAGGAUCUUGAGCAAGAGCUGCGGGCUCGGAUCGACGGCUGGCAUCUAGAGCUCUUCAACCGCACACAGACCGAGACCACGACGCGCUGGCCGUACGAACAGGAGAUCAAGCGGCCCUAUUACCACGUCACCGAUCUGGACGACCAGCAGCUCGUCAACUGGAAGAACUAUCUCGACUUCGAAGAAGGCGAAGGCGACUACGCACGCAUCAAGUUCCUCUACGAGAGGUGUCUGGUCACCACAGCUAGCUACGAGGAGUUUUGGCUGCGGUAUGCGCGGUGGAUGAACAGCUACCCGGGCAAGGCGGAGGAAGUCAGGAACAUCUACCAACGGGCGUGCGGCACCUACGUUCCUAUCGCUCAGCCCUUGAUCCGGUGGUUCUACGCCGCAUUCGAGGAAGCAGAAGGACGUCCUGGUGUGGCGGCGGAGAUUCACAGCGCGAUACUUGAGAAGAUGCCAACCGACAUCCAGACUAUCGUCUCGCUCGCGAACGUGGAGAGGCGGCAGCAUGGGGUCGAUGCAGCAAUCAAGGUUCUUUCGAACUACACCGGCGACCUCCUCGCCACCAACUCUGUCGAUAGCGGCGCUCUGAUCAGCGAAUGGGCUCGUUUGGUAGAGAAGAACAUGGGCGACGUCCAAAGCGCACGCAGCGUCUACGAGAGCAACGAGUCAUCCAACUUUAAAAGCUACGCGUUCUGGCGGGGUUGGCUGCAAUUCGAGUGCGAGCAAGCCACGUCUGGCGGCGAUGAGGCGAGCCAGUACCAGCUCGUGCAGUCGGUGUUCGGCAAGGUCAGGCAUCAAUCGGGUAUACCACGCGACAGCUUCAAGCAACUGGCGGCGAUCUACUUCGAGUUCUUGAAGUCGCGCGGUGGCAGAGAGGCUAUGAAGGAGUUCAUGCAGCUUGAUCGCGAGAUCUAUGGGCCACCUAGCGUCGCUAAUGGCGCGAAGGAGGUCUAG